UUCUAUAUCCGAACUACCCUCUUACACUCGUAUUGUCCAAAAAAAAAGUGGAAAAAUAAAAAAAGAGUUAAUGAAACGCUUUUUAUGGAUUGAUAACGUCCAUAAUAAAACAACACACAACAAAAAAACUCUCAAAUAUCGCUGCAAAAGCAAUUGAUAACCAAAAAAGCAAAAAUUCUAUUAAAAAAGUUUUAAAAAUUAACUACAACCGCGAUGAGUUCACUCUACUCAGAGUUUAUAGAGCAGUUAAGUAAAAUAAGUGUAAUCGUACGAACGAACAUAGAAAUUAUACAAAAUGUUUUUUUAUUUAAUUCGCCACUAAAUAACAAUUAAAAAAAAACAACAAUUAAACUUGAAUAAUUAAACAAAUAAAAUGAAAAUUGUCUAAACGUAAAUGGAAAAUAGUGUUUAAAUACAAAUAACAGAUGAAACAGAGUUUAAAAUGUGGAUAAUUUUUUUAAUAUUGGGUUUAAUCAUCUUUCUUUUGAUUACCCUGUGCGGUAUUGGCCUAAAGUAUAUACGCGAUUAUUGGCAUUUCCUGGGAGUGCCUCAUGAUCAUCCCAAACCUUUAGUGGAUAUUAUUAAGACCUUGAGUAAAUAUGGCACCUGUAAACAGUUGAUGGAACAGCAUGAGUAUUUUCAAAAACUCUACAAAAGAUUCAAGGGCACUGGACCCUAUUGUGGUUUCUAUCAUUUGCUGGAACCGCGUGUUUUGGUAUUGGAUCAAGAGUUAAUGCAGCAGAUAUUGGUAAAGAACUUUUCCAACUUUAAUGAUCGUGGUUGUUAUCAUAAUAUGAAAAAUGAUCCCCUAUCGGCGGACUUGUAUAGUUUGAGUGGAGAGCAUUGGAAAGAGAUGCGUUUGAAAUUAGAGCCAGUUUUUCAAAAAGCUUAUAUGAAAGCUUUUCACGAGAGCAUACGCGAAGAGUGUGAAAAAACGCUCUUAUUGUUUGAGCUAAAAAUGCAAGAAGAGGGUCAGCGUUGUGGACAAAGAGAAGUAGUCUUGGAUGUGCAACCUUUAAUGCAUCGUUUUGUUUUGGGCAAUAUAGCCAAAAUGGUAUUUGGCUUGACACAAGCCAUGCAGCAGAAAUAUCCUCUAGAUGAAUUUGAUGCCAUGACCCAAUUUGCCUUGCACACCCACAAACAUGGCACCUUCCUAACCACCAUCAUGCAGCGUUAUCCCAAUCUAUUUCGUUCUUUAAAAUUCUCUACCACCAAGAAAAAGGUACAAACUUAUUUCCUAUCUUUACUCAAUGAUGUCAUUAACCAUCGCGAUAAAUGUGGUGACUAUAAAGAUGACUAUUUACAAUUACUCAUUAAUAUUAUGAACCAAGAAAUGAGCACCCACGAAACGGAAGUACAUGCAGAUCCCAAAGAAUUAAGAGAUCAUUUAGUGGAUGAGUUGGCGGCUCAUGCAUUUACAUUUUUACGUGCGGGCCUAGAGCCCACUACGAAAACUUUAACUUAUGCUUUAUAUGAAUUGGCCAGAGAUCCUGUUAUGCAGCAGAGGGUGAGAGAAGAGGUUUUGAAGGCUUAUGAGGAAAAUGAUGAACGUUUUAAUUAUGAAUGCAUACAUUCCUUAAAGUUUAUGGGACAAAUUAUAUCGGAAACCCUACGCCUUCAUCCGGUCAUCCCCUACAUUAUGCGUCGUGCCCUCAACGACUAUCAGUGUACCGAUCAUCCUCAAUAUCUGAUACGCAAAGACAUGUACGUCAUUGUACCCACCCAUGCCAUACACAAUGAUCCAGCUCUCUAUACCCAACCACAUUCCUUCAAUCCCGACCGUUUCUCCGCUCAGGACAAUAAACGACGACAAUCUUGCCUUUGGCUGGGUUUCGGAGAAGGACCUCGCAACUGUCUGGGUCUACAUUUUGCCCAGCUACAAAUGCGUUUGAUAUUGGCGCAGCUAUUGCAUAAAUAUGAAUUUACUUUGGACACGCAGCACUUGGUGGUAUGCUGUCAAGAGGGAGUGGCGUUGAGAGUGAAACCUCUCCAUGAGAGAUUUGAAUAUGUAGAGUAUGAGGGUAGAGAAUCAGCUGUGGAAAUAUAGUCAAUUCUGUAAUUAGUUAAAUAUAACAAAUGUUUAAGUUUUAUUUUUGAUUUAAAAUAAUUAUUCAGUUCUUUAUUAAAGAACUUUGCUUUAAAACAGUAUUUAAUUGAAGUUAUUUUAUUGUUUGUUAUUUAUUAUUAAUGUAUAUUAGAAUUGUUUUGCGUAUGUAAAUAAAUUAUUUUUGUUGGUUAGUGUAAAUAUUAAAAAAAA